GGGUUUUGUUUUAAAUUUCAGUCCUUAACUACUAAUUAUUCUAACAAAAUUGUGAACCGAUCGAUUUUAAUGGUCUAGACUUACAUAUUUAAAAAAUAUUUCACUGGAUUAAAUAUUCAUGAUGAUUUAAGUUAAUUAGAAAUACAUAAAUCCUAGUUGAAUAACAUACAUCCAAAAUGGAGACUCUUAUAACUGCUCCGAAACCAGGAUCUAGUGCUAGUUCUAAACGUGUACAGUUCUCAAGGAGCAAGACAGAGAUCGACCUGCCUAGUAAAGAUGAGUAUCCAAGACGAACGAAAUCAGCUACUAGACUUUCCUCCAGACGUUCGCGUCGCUUAUUCUCUGAAGGCGCAGUUACAUCAACCUUAACAGACACCGGAAGUUCACCUAGACAACAAAUGUUGCUGAGAAGAGUGCUAAAAUCACGUGACAGUAGACGAUCCAAUAAAGAAGAAGGGAAAUUCCCGUCCCCAACAACAGACUAUAGACGACUCGGUAGUGUCAGAUCGUAUGAGAGUAGUAUCAGCAUAGCUAGAAAAGAAAGGGAUGCAAAACUGAGGUUCAAGCUGAAACUCUGGACGCAUGCGCUCGUUUACUUUCAGAAGUUACACAAGAAAAUAAUUCGAAACAAUCAGGAGUUGGAAGCAUUUAAGAAACAAAUGGAUUUUACUGAAGGAAACUUCGUUUCAUCAGAAGACAGCACGAGCACAAUUCAUAUGGGCUUAGAUGUAGAUCGUUUCAAACCAGUCACCCAGAUACGCAUGUCAAAGGAAGCAAAGAGAAUAUUACUGAAAGAUCCUAAACUGAGGACUCUGGAAGAAAUUAAACAUGUAAGAACAGAUUUAAUGGUGACAAAAACAGAGAGCAUACAAACGUUACCAGAGGACUGUCAGCUUAGACUUGCAAAAAAUGUUGGACUUGAAAGUUUGGGAGCAAAAAGAUUUAUUAUAAAAGAAGGUUACAGUGCUGAAUAUUGUUACCUUAUUAUUGUUGGUUCAGUAAUAAGAGCUUGGCUUGAUGAAGGUGCUAUACGAGCAACCAGUGAUGACAAACCUUUAAAAGAAGGUCAGAUGUUUGGCGAAUCUGAGAUGAAAUCCUCAAGUCCUAGAAAAGCGUCCUAUAUAUCAGCUUCCUAUACAGAAAUCUUACGGGUAUCCGUCGAGGAUUAUCAUGACAUAUUUCUGGCAGGUGAGAAAGUCGGAAAAGACGAUGUUCUACUAUUAAAACAAAUAGAAGUUUUUAACGGAUGGGAUCUAGAGAAUAUUGCAGGAAAUAGUGAGAAAAUUAAAAGAAAAUAUUUUCCAAAUAAUUGGAUGGUAAAAGAGAACGAAAGUGAAUACAACGACCCAGGAAUUCGAAAUAAAGGUUUAGAUAGCAGACAAUUUGAAUGGAUUUAUAUAGUUAAAUCGGGUUCAAUAACAGUUAUGACGAUUUUAGACAAAAUUAAACCAACAAUAAACCAAACGACUGGAAAUUAUUCAGAAAAAGCACAUACGGGGGAUGGAUAUUUAGCAUUUCUGACUAAAGGAGCGGAAUAUGAAAGAUUUUCUGCAUACAAUUCUACAAAGUGUUUAUCUCGACCUCUGUCUGCAAACAAUUCAUACACAACAAAUGUUGAUGUGAAAUCUGCUCCCCUUCUUCAUCGACUUCAUCAUUUACUUCGACCAAAAUCAACCGAAAAUGGAGAAAGAUUUAUCAGCACACCAGACUCAUUGAAAGGGAAACACAUACCAACAUCAGCAAUAAGUUCAAAACUUGUAUCUAUACCUAAAAAGAGACGACAAUCUUGUCAUAGAAGAGAUCAGUCAACACCAACACCCACACCAGAAAUACAUCGAGACGAUUCAUCGCUAGCUGAAGAUCGGAUAGACAGUAGUAUCAGAGACCCUUUUGAUUCAAGGUUUGAAAAAACGUCAAGUAAUCUGACUGACGAUGAACGUAGACUGUCAUCGAGUAGAAAAAAACAUGUUACAAUAGAACCAAGGGACUUCGGACAUAAAGAAACGGAAGAUGGUACAGUGAUAUGUAAAAUAAAGACCUUGACAAAAGGGGAUGUGUUUGGUCUUGAGUAUAUUGUAUUUGAUGAAAUGGACGAGAAAAAUCAGCCUGGCUUCAUACUGAAAAGUAAUGGAAGCGAGUGUCUGAUGAUACAUAAGAAAGUUUACAAAGAUAUCACAAAAAACGACUUUGAUCUGAAAGAGAAACUUCGCAGUGUGGUCUCACCUUUUCCAGAAGAGGAUAAUUUAAAGGAAAACCUUUUAAUAAGAACCAAUUGGGAGCUUCAUAAAGAUAUUUUACUGGACAAUAUAAUGUCAGAAAAAGCUAGAUUGAAACCACAAAAGCAUGGUCAAAAAUUUGCGUCAAUCAGAUUAAAGUGAAUAACAGAUAAUGAAAAUACAUAUCAGCUAUAGUGUUUGUACUUAGAUAGAGUCAGAGUUGUUGUUUGGAUGCCCGAUUUGUCACCGUCAUUUAACCUUUGAUAUACAUUAAAAUGGAAACAUUAUCUCUAAUCAAUGAUAUAAAUGUUGAAAUAAUAUUUAUCAAAUAAUCAAAUUUUUGGGUUUACUUGUACACAGCUUAACGAUCAAGUUUUAUAGGUCGAUUAUUUUCUUAUCCGCUGGUAAAAGAUUGCAAUGUGUAUUCAUAAUUAAAAGGAAACAUUUACAAACAAUCGGCAUAGAGGGCUUGAAAUUAAGACAUCUUUUCACAAGUAUUCCUCACUCGACUUGCCAUCGGAUGUCAAUCCAACAGUGUAUCUUAAUUUUACAACAUGGAAAAAGUUCCAUAUGCUAUGUUGUAUUGACUCGUCUGUCUCUUUGGCCGUCCGCAAGUUAUGUUCUCGACAUCUCAACUCUUCUACAAUAACAAGAGAUAAUAUGAAACUUUGUAGAUAAUAAGAAUAGAUUAUGUAGAUAUGGAUAUCGUCAGUAAACUGUGAUUCGACUGAUUGUAGGAGUAAUGCCCGUUUGAACUUAGAAUUUUGGCAUAAUAUAAUACCGAAACAGUUUGUCUUCGCAACUACUCUGAGUCCACACAACGAAGUUUCAUAAAACUUUGUACAUUAUAGAGAACAUAAUAUUUAAUAUUCACAUCAACAUGAACUCUCUGAGUUAAGAUACUUUACAAUUAUAAUUUUGGCCUAAAAAUUCUACUGUUUGUACUGUAUGUAUCUCCUCUG